AUGUGGAGCCUGGGUUGUAUGUUUGCUGGAAUGAUUUUUCGGAAGGAACCAUUCUUCUAUGGUCACGACAAUCAUGACCAGCUUGUCAAAAUUGCCAAGGUUUUGGGGACAGAUGAGUUGAAUGCGUAUCUGAACAAAUAUCAACUGAUUCUUGAUCCACAACUUGAAGCCCUUGUUGGAAGGCAUAGCCGCAAGCCAUGGUCAAGAUUUAUCAAUGGUGAUAACCAGCAUCUUGUAUCCCCUGAGGCAAUUGAUUUUCUGGAUAAGCUUCUUCGAUACGACCAUCAAGAUAGGCUCACUGCAAGAGAAGCAAUGGCUCAUCCAUACUUCUUCCAGGUGAGAACUGCGGAGAACAGCAGGCUGCGAACGCAAUAACCCGAUGUGUAGAGGUUAAAUUUUAAUAGCACUUUGCUCAUUGUGGCGUUAGUUGUAAGCCUAGGCUCUCUUUUCCCACCCACCUAGGCGGUUGGUUAGCUCAUACAGUUGCUUGGCUCUUCUGUGUUCUGUAAUAUUGAGACAUUCUCCUACUACUCACUCCGAUGUAUAUUUUCCCUCCUUUUAUGAGGUCUUACUAUGGAAAUUAUAACUUUGGUUGCUA